AUGGCACCCAAGGAAGCUCCCGCCUCUCAAUCGUCCCAGGUCACUGGCGGAAAGAAGCCCGCCGGCAAAGCCCCCGCCAAAUCCACCACCGAAAAGAAGGAAGGCGCCAAAAAAGGCCGCAAGACCAUCCGCCGCGAAACCUACUCCACCUACAUCUACAAAGUCCUCAAGCAGGUUCACCCCGACACCGGAAUCUCAAACAAGGCCAUGUCCAUUAUGAACUCGUUCGUCAACGAUAUCUUCGAAAGGAUCGCCGGUGAAGCCUCAAAGCUCGCUUCGUACAACAAGCGCUCGACGAUUAGCUCCAGGGAGAUUCAGACCGCCGUCAGGUUGAUUCUGCCCGGUGAACUCGCCAAGCAUGCCGUUUCGGAGGGUACCAAAGCCGUGACCAAAUACCAAUCCUCCAAGUAA